UCAAAGAUGACACACAAUUGAAAUCCCCGUGUACAUUAACAACAUUACCUCUCUCCCUCUCUCUCUAUCUAUCUCAUGUUCUGUAAUCCCUAAAUCCCCAAUUUGGGACAAAUUAGUGUCUUUCUCUCACACCCCUGCUCGUGCUUGGGGAAUGCGUUCUGUGCAGUCAGCUGCUGUAUCGGAAGUGAGUGACAAAUGAGUAACGGUUCUUGGUUACCUGAAGAGGACUUCAAGGGUUUAGCUGAUAAUUUCUUUGACAAUCUUGUUGAGCAUAUGGAUGAGUUCCCCCUUGAAGACAUCGAAACCGCUGAUGAUGAUGAGGAAGAAGAUUGGGUUACCGGGUUUAAAAACCUCGGCCCUCCACCAUUGGAUGUGCUAACGAGUUUGUCCUCUGAGUUCAAUUGCAAGGUGCAGCGUGUGCGAGUCCACAAGCCUGCAACCAUUGUGAAGCAGUCGAGUUCUUCGGAUGUCUCUUCUACUGUUGAUAACUCCCCUCCUGAUGUCAAAGUCUCGAAGCUGUUUCAGUCUUCAAGCCCAGUCUCAGUUGUCGACAACACCACCAACGGUUCCGUCUUGUCCCAAAACCAAAACAGAAUUCAGAGACUGGCCUUUCUUGUGAAAGGCAUCAGAAGCAAACGCAAACGCCCCACAACGCUUAGAUUCUUCCAGUCACUUGGAGCAGAGAUGUCUCAGCAUUUCGUUCCGGAUGAAUCAGAAUCUGAAACUUACCUCUCUUCUGAGAGUUUUGCCAAGAAGCGCAAGAAGAACAAGAGUCGUCCGGCCCCGUCGGUCUCCAGUCCAGAACUAUUUAACUCAGAUGGGACUGUCCGGAAAUGCACUCAUUGCGAGACAACUAGGACACCGCAGUGGAGGGAAGGACCAUGUGGGCGUAACACCCUAUGCAAUGCUUGCGGGGUACGGUUCAGGUCAGGCCGUCUUGUUCCAGAAUACCGUCCAGCAUCAAGCCCGACCUUCAUCCCAACCGUGCAUUCAAAUUCGCACAGAAAGAUCAUUGAGAUGAAGACUAGAACAGAAAGAUCCGAGCAUAGAGACUAAAAACAGGGCUUUUGUAACUUCAGUAGACCAAAUGAGUUUUCUAAUUAAUUCACGCUUUUUUGUGUGUUUCCGCUUGUUUAGUACCAUCAUUUUCGAUGUCGUUAUUUUUUUAUAGAAUUAUUAAGCUUAUUUAGGAGAAAAAAUAGUACAUGGUAUAAUUAAAGCUAUAUUAAAUAUUGAGAUUA